CCCAAAAACCCCAAAAGUGCCCGAAUUGUCCCCCAAAAGGGCGGGGGGCUGGAGCUGGAGUACGAGAUGAUUCUGACCAACGGCGACUCCUUCUGGACACGGCACUUCUCGGCCGACGAGUUCGGGAUCCUGGAGACCGACAUCACCUUCCUGCUCAUCUUCAUCCUCAUCUUCCUCCUCUCCUGCUACUGCGGCUACCGGCUCAAGGCGCGGCAGCUCCUCCACACCACCUACAAAAUGUUCAUGGCCUCGGCCGGGCUGGAGGUUCUCAGCCUCCUCCUGAGCUGCUCCUACUGGGCCCAGUACGGGCGGGACGGGGUCGGGCCGGGACCGAUCAAAGUGCUCGGGAAGCUCCUGUUCUCCAUCAGCUUCCUCAUCUUCCUCCUGAUGCUGAUCCUGCUGGGCAAGGGGCUCUCGGUCACCAGGGGCCGGAUCAGCGCCGGCGGCUCCGUCCGUCUCUCCGUGUACAUGACCCUUUACAGCAUCGCCCACAUCGCCCUGCUCACCUACGAGGCGCAGUUCUUUGACCCCGGGCAGGUGCUGUACACCUACGAGUCCCCGGCCGGGUACGGGCUGAUCGCGCUGCAGUUCGGCGCCUUCGGGUGGUUCUGCGCCGCCGUGGGGGCGACCCUGAGCCGGGUACCUGAGAGAAAAAACUUCUACCUGCCCUUCCUGGGGGCCUACACCGUCUGGUUUUUGGCCGUCCCGGUCUCGGCGCUCGUGGCCAAUUUCGGGAUCCCCAAAUGGGCUCGGGAGAAAAUCGUCAACGGGAUCCAGCUGGGGACUCACCUGUACGCCCACGGCGUCUUCCUGGUGCUGACUCGGCCCUCGGCAGCCAAUCGCAAUUUCCCAUUCCACGUCCGGACCUCCCAACCUCGGCAGCCAAUCGGAAUUUCCCGUUCCACGUCCGGAGCUCCCAGAUCGGCUCCGCCCCCCCCAAAUUCCGCUGCCCCUCCCCCCCCCCGCGGCUACGGGAACGUCACCUUCGUGGGGGACACGAAUUUCACCGAGCUCUUCUCGAUCCCCGCGCCCGGGGGUGCUCAGGUGCGGCCGCAGGUGGAGGAGACCCCUCCCCCACGGGGGGGGCCCCGAAUAUUUCAGUGUGCACUCGGGGGGAGGGGGGACCCCCAAAUUCUGACCCCAAAACCCCAAAUUUUGCCAAAUUCUGCCCAAAAUCCUGACCCGGGGACCCCAAAAUUCUGACCCCAAAACCCCAAA